GGCUAAGCCAAAAGUAAGAAACUCUCAACUGGGUUAAUUAGGACAUUGAAUUGAAAUUUUCAUAAUGGAAAAAUAAUUUAUAACCCAAGAUCUUCCCAUUCAAUAUUAUGUCCAGCAACUAUUAAUUUUGGUAGGACAUAGCAUUGAAAUUUUCAUAACGGAAAGAUAUAAUUUAUAACCCAAAUCUUCCCAUUCAAUAUUAUGUCCAGCAACUAUUAAUUUUUGUAUCUCCAUAAGUGUAUAUAUAUAUCAUUGGACAUUUGGACCAAGAGACCACACCACACAAAGGUUUUGCCAACUACCAUAUUGUCCUAAUUUUUGCCUCUUUAGUCUAGCUAAUUAGCCAUGCCUAGAAAGAAGAUGAAGCUUGCCUUCAUCACCAGUGAUUCAGAAAGAAAAGCAACGUUGAAAAAAAGGAAGAAGGGUCUGAUGAAGAAGGCGAGCGAGCUAAGCACUCUUUGUGGGAUUGAUGCAUGCGUGAUUAUACAUAGUCCAAAUGAGUCUCAACCUGAGGUAUGGCCAAACAACUUGGGAGUCCAACGCGUGCUAGCAAAGUUCAAGAGAAUUCCCGAGAUGGAACAAAGUAAGAAGAUGAUGACCCAAGAAAGCUUCAUUAGACAGAGGAUAGCGAAAGCGAAUGAACAACUCAAGAAACAACUCAAGAAUAAUCGAGAGAAGGAGAUGACAGAAGUCAUGUACCAGUGUUUGAGUGGGAGAGGGCUCCAAAACUUGUCCAUGGUGGAUCAAUACGAUCUUAAUUGGUUGAUAGAUCAAAAUUUGAAGGAAAUUGGAAAGAAGAUUGAAUCGUUGAAGAAAACUCCGCAACGAGUUGCACCGGUGGCAUUGAUGAAUACUAAGGAAAUGCUUGGCAAUGGAAUGCAUAGAGAGGAAGAGAAGUUAUUGGGUGUUGAUUUGGCCAUGGAUGCUAUGAAAAGGUCACACGGGUUCAAUGAAUGGAUGAACAAUCCACUUUAUGAGAAUAUGGGUUUUGAUUGGGAUAAAAUGAUGGUGCCAUUUGGAGACAACCACAAUCUUAUGUGGUCUAGUUUUUUUUUCCCGUGAGAGAGAUCUUAGUUUCAUGUGAAAAAUCCUUUUAGUCCUUUCUAUCUAAUGCAUCAUGUGCUUUUAAUUUUAAAAUGUAUGGUUGUGUGUCUUGCUCUCUUGAAUUUUAUAUAAUUCAAUAAUUCUAAGAAAUUGUUUUUCUUGUUGAUGA